UGGGAUUCUCCCUGUAGCCUUGUCAUUGUCGUGUUGGUCAAAUUCUAACGUUUCGCCCCAGAGCUCAACGUUGGCGCGCCUGCCACUUCAAACGCCAGCCACGUGGAAGGGAUUCCCUAGUCUCGUGACCUGGGACGACAACUCAUUACCACCGCCCUUCCAUCCAUUCCAACAUGAGCCGCACCAACAAUGCCGACCAAGAGGAAUACCGUCCCAGUCCACCUUCAUCAUCAUCAUAUAGAGUAACUCGAGGCCGUGGUUCAUGGCAUGGAUCUAUCGCCGAUGACACAAAUGCGUCACCAGCACAAUCGAACAAGCGGUCCGCUGACCAUCUGCCUGAACAACCUCAUGUGGCACGCAAAGGUCGAGCAUGCCUGGCCUGUCGAAAACUCAAGGUUAAGUGCGAUAGUCUUGAACAAGGUGACUCGGGAUGCUCAAGAUGUCAGAGACUGGGCUUGGACUGUGUCACGAGUAAGCGGUUAAGGGCAGCCACCCUGGACGACGAUGGCGAAAAUCCUCACCCAUCAAUUGUCCGCCUAGACAAGGCGGUCGAGGAUAUACUCAAUCGUCUGAAGAUGCCAUCACUGGAAGCAUAUGGCUCCAAUACUAUGCCAUCGACCACCGACGCGCCUCAUACCUCACAAUCCCAGUCCAACACCCACCAAUACAACCAACAAACCAACCAGAUCCCUCCCACAGCGACAAACACCGAACCUCCUACAGCAGCGCAAACCACCCGCGAAAACUCCUUGAACCCUAAUCCCAACGGCGAUGGCCCCCAAUUCGAACACGAAAUGGCGCCCGCUCCAAUGGGUUCGCUGUACGAAGUCACUCAACUCAAUACUCUACGCUCUCGACUCAAGCACGGCGACGUGACACGACGAAACUCACGCAAAAACGUCGAGACCGACCUCGUUUCCCAAGGCGUCCUAUCACUCGUUGAAGCCGAAGAACUUUUCGUACUCUUCAAAACAAGCCUAUCACGGUAUCUAUUCGACGCCACAAUCCACGAAUCACGCAGUUUACAAUCUGUACGUGAAGCAUCGACGUUAUUCUUCACUGCCAUCAUCGCCGUGACGUCGCUGCAUAUCCCAGGCAAAGAAGCUAUUCACUCGGCCUCGGCUAAGCAGCUACGUGAGCUGAUCGCAACGAGUUUCUUCGACCGCGUCCAUACUCUCGAGGAUAUUCGCGCCUUGUGUAUUGCUGCUUUCUGGUUGCCUGAUCUGAGCUGGAAACUCAGCGGUCAUUGUGUACGCAUGGCUACCGAACUAAACCUCCAUCAGGCGUUUUACAAGGCCAUGCACUCGACAAAAGCUGAGCCGGCGGAACGAGAGAGCGCUUUUGAACGUGCUAGGCUAUGGUAUCUACUCUAUGUGCUGGACCACCAUUUCAGCAUCGCCUAUGGCCGUCCACCUGUCACGGCUGAGAUGCAGGCUAUCAAGGAGUAUGACGUCUUUCUCAACGCCCCUGAGUGCACGCCCUCCGACCGUCGUGUCCUCAGUCAGGUCACUCUAUUUAUUAUCUUGAGUCGGGCCUAUAAUCAUUUUGGUCUCGAAGCCGAGAGAUUGAUGGAGGGAGACGAUGUUUCAUUACUGACCCAUCAGCGCUUCAUCGAAGAUCUGGACCGUUGGAGGUAUCAAUUUCGUCAUGCGUUGUUGCGAGAUGCACAUGUCGGUGACUAUCCGGCAGUGGGUGUCGAACUCCAUUACCACUUUGCUAGCAUGAUGCUCAACUCCCUGGCUUUGAGAGGCCGCUCGCUCUUCACUAUCUCAUCCACUUCCACCCUGCCCACCUCUCUCCGUCCUAUCGCCCAUCAUGCCAUUACCUCGGCUCAUCAAAUCCUAAUUGUCGUCCUGCAAGAACCCAGCAUCCGCGAUAGUAUGGUCGGCGUUCCUCUCUACUUACACACCGUCAUCGCCUUUGCCGUCGUCUUCCUCAUCAAGAUGUCUAGUCGAUGGGCCAGCAUCGGUGUCACCAUUGAUCCCGAAACAAAGACCAGACCUUUGAUUGAAAACGUCAUUGCUCUAUUUCGUGGCUGUCGAGCCGGUCGAAGUCAUAUUUUGUACAGCAUGGCUGAUGGUUUUGAGCGGCUCCUGAGACGCAAUCUCGUUCAAGGAAACCCUGUAGGAGGCCAGGGCAGGAACGACUAUGAUGCAAACUCUCGCCCCAUCGCCCUCGAUUCACGUACUGCCUCUUUACAACAAGUACAGUCCAUGGGUCAUGCACAGACAGACAUGACGCCUCGUAGUGCUCACUCUCACGGGCGGAAUUCAGACAUAUAUCGCCACGACUCAAAUGCGACCAUGCUCCGUCCACACCCUUCGACAUCUUCACCCACUACUUUUGGGCAACCCUCCAACGGAACGGCCUUUGAGGGCUAUACUCUAUCUCCCCAUAGCCAACCCGCAUCCAUAGGCACAUUUGGCGGUUGGCAAACAGAAGAUGACAUGCUUUGGAGCAUGGGCAUGGGAUAUGAUCUAUUGGCCACAGCCCCGGAUGUCAAUGCUCAUGGCCUGAGUACCUUUACUGGUUGGCCUGGUGCUGACGGCGGUGCCUCUGGUUUUGGGGCCCUAUGAAGAGGUGGUGAUCAUUACCAAGGCGUUAGGCCUUUGGCUUGUCGUACCAAUUUCCUUCAUUGCCAAAACUCCGAAUCGAGAUCGAUCCCACAAAAUGAAAUGCGACGGAUUUGGCCUCCAGUAUGUCCCGUUGGGAUCGAGAUUUGUACAUGCCAUGUACAUCUCUUGUCGAAGUAGCCAACUGUGUACCAGUCAGGAUCCAUGAAAUUAUGAAUUCCUCGCGGUGUGCCAGCCGCCGUGACUGAGGGCAUGGGUGGCCAGACUUGUUGUCCUCAAUCAAAAUGGAUAUGUGCUUUUGUGCUCUUGGUUUCAGACUGGGAGCUCAGCGUUUCUGCGCCCACCCGAUAUCUUUUGCAAUGCCAACUGGAUGUAUGGGCCAACAAUGGGAAUGUUGCCUGCGAACGAGGCGAUCGUCGCAAAAAAGUCUCCGAAAAGGACAAAAAUGCCGUACAAUUCGACCAAGAAGCCGGUCAAUGGCCAGCGGAGGAGGAUGAGCAGGAUUCCGGCGGCGAAUGCAGCAGUACCCUUGAGCUUCUGGCGCCGGGCGAAAAAGAUAAAGGUCUUUUGUAAACCGAUGAUAAGAGUGAGGCCGAUGAGGAAGAGGAUCUGGCGCAUUGUCAGUGAUCUACCUGCGUUCACAUCGCUGAAGCACCCACAUUCCCCAUCGCCAACCUAGCCGUAAUUAG